ACAUAAAGAUGAUGUUUCUAGUUCUGAAAGAAGCGAUGGUAGCAAGAGAGGAAUAAGGUGCCAGAUACUGGAUUGGAUUUCGACUGAUGAUGUGGUUGUAGGUGAAGGAGAAUACUACUCAAGUGAACCCACAUAUAAGAUUGGUCGAAUUCCUCUGGGUCCUAAUGCAGCCGCUGUAAUUGUCAACUCUGUAGCAGUCGAAGAUGCAUGUGUCUGGAGACCAACUACAAGUAUUGGAACACUUGCUGAAGCUGUAGGAGUUAAAAUUGCAUGGCCAUCCGACAAGUUAAUAUUGGACGAUGUUAUUGACUUCUCAAAACAUGCUAACACUGUCGGGUCAGAGACUAUGGAUGCAUCAGUAGGAAGGGUACAAAUAUUUGAUUACUGGAAUGUAGAAGAUGAGUUGAUUGCUGAGGGUGUACUGGUGUCAACUUAACCUAACCAGUUGGUGAACGAUAUUCCGCUUGGACCGAAUGCUGCAGUUAUAAAAGUUGAAGUAGUUGUUAAAGAUUCUGCUUUCUUAUGGAGACCAGCGCCUGGAAUGUCAAACAUGGGUGAUGCACUACAUCAGAUCAUUGCUUGGCCAAUUGAUAGGGCACGACUAUCUGAUACAACUGCUGAAUCAACCAAGAAACCUAACGUGAGUACUAGUAACAGCACUGGUAGUAGCAACAAAGUUGGUAGACAGAAGUGUGCUCUCUUGGACUGUCAUAACUCUGGACAGACAGUAGCUUGGGGUCGUGUGUUUUCAACAGAUCCAGCAGACAAGGUUCAUUUCAUCCCUUUAGGUCCCAAUGCUUCUAAGGUCAUGGUAGAGGUUUCCAAGAUGGAUGAUGCACGAGUGUGGAGACCAAACUCUGAAAUUGAAGUCAUAGGUGAUGCAGUAGGGAGCACAGUUGCGUGGCCUACUGAUAAGGUUGUUUUCAUAUGAGUGAUGAGUUGUGAAAUUGAGAACUUUCAAUUGUCUUAGUACUUUGUCAUAAUUAUGAGUUUCAUGUAAUGUUGAACUUAAAAAUGAGUGUAUCUUUAUUAUAAUAAAAUUU